UAAGGUGGGAGUUCAGAGUGCACGCGCACGGGUCGUGUUUCGCUUCCACUGUUUAGCUCCUGAGGUGAUAAAGUGUAGCCGCAGGUACCAGGGAUGUGAUGGCUUUCAUGAGUCUGUUCAUGAGGAGGCAGUUACCGCAGGCCGUGUGCUACUUCGCCCGGAGAGUGAAGCUGGUCCGGCCUCCCUGCGCCGGAGCUCCGCUGAGGAGGAGACUGCACGGCUCGUCCCGGCGGCAGCUCGGAGAGAAGGGACCGUGGGGGAAGAGCCGGGGACCGGAGCAGCAGCAGCAGCAGUACCAGUUCGCAGACCUCGACAAGGCGGACGCUUUGAUGCUGAGGAAGUCCCACGAGACAGGAUUCCUCUCGUGGUUCAGAAAUGGUCUGCUGGCAACUGGGAUCGGAGUAAUUGCGUUUGUCCAGAGUGAAGUGGGAAGAGAAGCCGGAUAUGCCUUCUUCAUCCUGGGAGGUGUGUGCGUGUCUUUCGGCGGGGCCACGUACCUCGGCAGCCUCUUUGCCCUGCGGAGGCUGAUGCUGCUGUCUGUGCCUGCACUGCUGCUCCAGAGUGCAGCGGUGGGCAGCGUCGCCCUCUUCUGGCUCUGCGCUGUAUCUCUGUACAUCGGCCGCCUGGAGGUGGAGAUCAUCCACGAUGAGGAGGAUGGAGAGGAUGAGGAGGACUGUCGCGAGUGCCGCGAGAGGCGAGAAAACAGAGGUUACCGUGACAGCAGACAUCAUGACAAUGAGGACAGUGAUGGCAAGGGGCCCAACAAGUAGAGAACGUGGAAAUGCUGUGUAUGCUGCUUUUUUUUCAGGGUUUCCUCGUGUGUGUGUGUGUGUGUGUGUGUGUGUGUGUGUGUGUGUGUGUGUGUGUGUGUGUGUGUGUGUGUGUGUGUGUGUGUGUGUGUGUGUGUGUGUGUGUGUGUGUGUGUGUGUGUGUGUGUGUGUGUGUGUGUGUGUGUGUGUGUGUGUGUGUGUGUGUGUGUGUGUGUGUGUGUGUGUGCGCAAGCAGUCUUCAUGUAUAUAUGUAGCCGAUGGGAGUCUAAAAAAACAGACCUAUUAUCAUUAAUUAUAUAAAUGUUAAGAUUAUUGUUAAGGAGACUUUUUGACUUCAUUUGAAUAAAUCUGGGUUUUUUUCUAAGUUUUCUAAUAAUCAGAUAUAUUGAAAGCUGCUUUACUUUCCUCCUCAAAUUGUCUGAUUUUCAAAUGUUUUAACAUCCUUACAUUCAAAGACAAGAGACUCAAAAGAGAACAGUUAUUUUUGUUCUGUUCAUUGGCUUUUCUUAGCCAACUGCUGUUUUGUCUUAUCUUGUUCCACAUAAUUAAAAAAAAAAAAAAAAAUCACAGAACUGUGAUUGAAUACUUGAACUUUUCAUUGAAGUCUAGAAAUCAAACCAGCUGGUUGUCACAUGUUGUGAGAUAAAGAAUGAAUCCACACUAUGUUCACGUUCAGGGCUGUCUUUAAUGAGGGCUUGAAUAUCGACUUUUUACAGAGGUUACCCGGUGAACUCUUUUUUUUUUUUUUAAACAUUUGUUUUGUAAGGGAAAACGCACUUUUCUCAGACGAUCUCCACUUGACUUUUGGAGUAAAGAGUAUUUUUCACUGCUCUUUCUGUGGUUCUAUAUUUGACUUUACAUUUGAUACACAUGUAUGGUACCUACAUGUAACCACAAACGACUUCACCUUGAGUGAAUGUCACACUGUGUCUGGUGGAUGCUGUUAUAGCUGUUUUCAUGGGUAUCAUGAAUAGCGGGGAUUUCUCUUGUUUACUACUGUCUGCGUGUUUAACACCCGCAAUGCACCCUGCUGUACAGACAGAAAUAAAGCCAAACUAAAUCUA